AUGAUUGUCUACGAUGCGAGACAAUGGACUCUUCUUAUGAUCCUCAGGGUUCAUGGUUCCGUUUUUCCAAAAGGAUUAUGUUGGGCGCUUCCAAACGCCAUCAUCGCUGCCCUGCUGCACUGGCUGCUGCGGAGGUAUACACCGGAUGCAGAUGGAGAUGGUGUGCCAGAUGCCAUUCAGAACAUGACAGGUGUGGACGUCAUAUGGUCUGGCUACACUUUCGUCCUUGGCUUUCUGGUGGUUUUCCGGAACAACCAGGCUUAUUCCCGCUUCUGGGAGGGAGCAACAUUGAUCAGCCAAGUGCGUGGCGAGUGGUUCAAUGCCGUCUCAUCGCUGUUUGCCUUCACAUCCCGGAAACCCGAGAAGGCCGAGCAGGUCUAUGCAUUCCGGCAACUUCUUAUACGCCUUGCUAGCAUGAUGUAUUGUGCGGCCCUUCAGCAGGUGUGCGACACCGAUGCAGACGACUCCCUGCAAAUCCUAGAUACAGAAGGCAUUGCUCCUGGGCAUCUCGAGUUCCUCGAGGCUGCCAAUGACCAGUGCGAGGUGCUGCUGCAGUGGGUUCAACAGCUCAUCAUCGAAUCUCACGACGCAGGUGUGGUGGACGUUCCCCCGCCUAUUUUAUCUCGAGCUUUCCAGGAGCUCUCACGCGGCAUCGUCACACUGAACAAUGCUCGAAAGAUAAAGGACAUUCCGUUUCCUUUUCCUUACGCGCAAAUGUUGGUGUGCAUGCUAGUUGUUCACUGGUUGGUGACGCCCAUGCUGGCGAGCCUGGUGAUAGAGUCGUGGUGGUGGGCGGCAGUUAUGUCUUUCCUAGUCACAGGAUCUUUCUGGACGCUGAUGCACAUAGCUAUGGAGAUCGAUCAGCCGUUUGGGGCCGAUGCCAACGACCUCCCCAUAAAGGCGAUGAUGAAAGACUACAACAGGAGUUUGCUUUCGCUGUUAAACUCUGCCACCCAGAAAGCGCCCACCUUUGCCUUGCACAAGCCGACACCGGCCUUCGUACAAAGCAAAGACGCGAAUUUGACUUUCUCCAUUCGAAAGCGGCUGAUCCGCAGCUCUUCCGAGGAGGACUCGGAGUUUCAUUUUCGAGAAAGCGAAAGGCUUCGGAACAGCGAGGCGUUCACCCGCCUCCACACAGACUCUGGCUCUGGAACGCCUCGCGAGCGGACGUUCUCGGAACGUAUGAAUGCUCAUGAGGCUCAAGCUCCUCAGGGUGCAGACGCAACUGAAGGACAAGACGCGUCCGACAGCAAGCUCGCCGUGGCCGAGGAGAGCUUUUCUGCGCAGAAGCCUGCGGAGUCCAUACUGUCAAGAGGUUUCAUUGAGAUGAUUUGA